CACGACGUUGCUGCAGAUGAGGCAAACACCAACCACCCGCCAAGAUCGGGCGCCGACGGCAGAGACGCUGCCGCACGCAGCAACGAACGACCACCGGAAACGCCGCGCGCCGCAACAGAAAACACAGGGGGUCUGGGGAGAGAGAAACACACGCGCCAACUGAAGCAGAGGAGAUUGCGCCUCAUCGAUCGGGCUGAAUUGAAUCCUUCCUGUCUCGCCGGCAUGUCCUCUAAUUCCUCGUCACCACCGUCGCCGCCAUCGAACAACACCUCUCCUCCUUCAGCCGCCCCGCCGCCGUCACCGGACUCGUCCUCUCCACCAACGGCAAACUCAUCUUCUCCGGCGCCAUCCAGCUCCUCGCCUCCGCCGGCGCCGUCCAAGUCCCAUGGCGCUCCGGCGUCACCGGCCGGGAUCCACACUCCAUCUGCCCAAUCCUCUAGAGGCACGGGUGACUCGAGCAGGUCGGAGCAGGCUUACGUGCGCCGCGUCAGCCCGGCUGAGAUCGUUUUCGCUGCCGCCGGGGCGGCUGCCCUUCUUGCGCUCCUCGUUGCCGCCUGCGUGUGCUGCUCGAGGAGGACGGCGCCGAGGAGGCGCCGGAAGCCUCGCAACCCGAUGCAUUUCUACGCGGACACUGCCUCCGGACACCAAGGCAACAGCACGAGCUACACAAGCGGACCGCAGCCGCAAUGGCAGAGCGACACGGGCGCGGGGCCCUCGACGAGCACGUCCGGCUCGCCGGGUGGCUCCUGGCACGUGCCGCCCGACACGAACUCCGGCCCGCGCGGCCAGCCGCUGCAUACGCCGGUACCGCAAGAGCCGCUGGGGUUAGGCAAGGGAACGUUCACCUACGAGGAGCUCGCGGCGGCAACGGGCGACUUCUCGCAGACGAACCUGCUCGGGCAGGGCGGGUUCGGGUACGUGCACAAGGGGGUGCUCCCCAGCGGCAAGGCGGUGGCCGUGAAGCAGCUCAAGUCCGGGAGCGGCCAGGGGGAGCGCGAGUUCCAGGCCGAGGUGGACAUCAUCAGCCGGGUGCACCACCGCCACCUCGUGUCCCUCGUCGGCUACUGCAUCGCCGGCACCAGCCGCAUGCUCGUCUACGAGUUCGUCCCCAACAAGACGCUCGAGUUCCACCUCCAUGGGAAAGGGUUGCCGCCAAUGGCAUGGGCGACCAGGCUGCGCAUCGCGCUCGGGUCGGCGAAGGGGCUCGCCUACCUGCACGAAGACUGCCAGCCUCGGAUCAUACACCGCGACAUCAAAUCCGCCAACAUCCUCCUCGACAACAACUUCGAGGCCAUGGUCGCGGACUUCGGCCUUGCCAAGCUGGCGUCCGACAACAACACGCACGUCUCGACCCGCGUCAUGGGGACGUUCGGGUACCUGGCGCCGGAGUACGCGUCGAGCGGGAGGCUGACGGAGAAGUCGGACGUGUUCUCCUACGGCGUGGUGCUGCUGGAGCUCCUGACGGGGCGGCGGCCCAUCGACGCCACCACGCAGCUGUUGCUCGAAGACGGCCUCGUCGACUGGGCGAGGCCGGCCCUGUCGCGCGCGCUGGCCGGCGGCGACUACGACGCCGUUGCGGACCCGAGGCUCCAGGGCAGCUACGACCCGGUGGAGAUGGCGCGCGUGGCGGCCAGUGCCGCGGCCUGCGUCCGGCAGUCGGCCAAGAAGCGCCCCAGGAUGAGCCAGGUACAAUGUCGCUCGACGCAUGCACUGUCUUCUGCAGAUGUUCACGGGAAAUGGCCAUGGUGUUUUUUCUUGGUGGUGCAGAUAGUGAGGGCGUUGGAGGGGGGCAUGUCGCUUGAGGACCUGAACGAGGGGGUUCGGCCGGGGCAGAGUGUGCUGUUCGGCGAGGCGGGGUCGUCGGGGUGAAGGAAGGAGGCUUUGCUCGGGCCUUCCUUACACGUCCGACAUGAACCGCAUCAAGCAAGUGACCAUCGCGAGCCCGGAGUAUAACUGUGGGUUCGGCCGGCGGCCGGCCAUCGUCGGUCGGCAACGAGGAACACUUCUCCGAAGAGAUGAGUCCGAUGGGGAGCGGGUCUAAAAAAUGCUAGACUUUAUGGACUGGCUUCUACGGAAAUGGCCUACAGGAUGACGUCAUAUUACUUAGGAUAUAUACCAGGUUGACAUGAUGGUAAAAGAUGUCUCAACUUUGUUUAAAUUCAAUUUUCAAAUAUAUGGGAAACUCAAACUCUCUCGGUUCUGAAAAA